AUGAACCACAACCAUACUCAUAGCCACUCUCACAAUCACAACAAUAAUCACAAUCCUGCUGCCAAUCCCAACGCACACCACCAGGCAGACCUCAAGCGGAAACGAAGUCCUUCGCACGACGGAAUCCAUCCAGCAUCCGCGCCACUGCCAAAGACCGCCAAGACGCACAACCAUCUCCAGAUCAACUAUCUCGCAAGACAGCUCACCAAUGACUUGCCCUUGAUCACAAACGAUGAUACGUUACCCAACAUACUCUCGCUACUUAGCGAUUACCAGGGCGUGCUCGACCGCCAUGAGAGCAUGGCUUGUAACCUCGGCGCGCGCCCUCUCGGCCCAAUCUUGAUCAAGCGAUUCGAGCGACUGUUCGACGGUCCACCGCGCGUGCUUAAGAGCCACGGGAAGGAUGGAAUCAAUGUGACUUGGUUGGACGUUGUCGAAUUCGCCCGCAACAAGCCGGAGCAAUUCCACCUGGCGCAAAUGAGCGAAGGCGCUCGUGUCUGCCAAUUCUACACCAAGCAGUGCAGGGUUCAGAUAUCGGAGGAGGACUUCGUCUUGAUCUCGUCGGGAAUACCGCAGAAGAUGAUACCGCCGCAGCCAAUCGUUGAGGAUGAAGAGAAGGAGCUUGGGACGUUGGAUAUACUGGAGAAGAACCUGGGUCAAGUCUGCCAAUUGGCAGAUCAAGUUGCUGCGCGCACCCGACAACUUAACCACAGACUGAAAGGUCGCAAGCAGGCCAUCAUCGACAGACGCGCUACCGCUACCGCUCCCCCUGCGCCUUCUGCAAUCCGUCCCUCAAGCCCGUCCAAUGUCGCUCUCAUGAACGGUGCCGGUGCUCCCACUGGCAGUGCUAACAUGGCGCCGUCCUCCCAAACUUCGCCAGGAGGAUUCGUCGCCGUCAACCGCGCCCACUCGGAGCAGAAUGGGAAUGGCGCAUCCCAGACCACGCGCCACGAAUUGAUGUCCAAAUUCCAUACCCUCACAGACCGUCGCGCAUCGUCCCAGCCCACAAAUGGAGGCCAUGAGGUGAGGCGACCCUCCUCCAUUAGCCAGCAAUCACCACCGCACCAGCCUGCGCCAGUUCCGAAUGCAAGCAAACCACCGCCCGGAGCGUCCGAGACUGGUCCUUCCAACCUCGCAAGACCGCCGCAGUAUUCCGAUUCGGAGCUCCAGCAUAUGAUGAAUUCUCCCGUCCCAAUUCCAAACACACCGUCCAGCCUACUACCAGCUGCCUCCCAGCGAGUGAGCCAACCGCAAGAGAAGGAUGAUGGGGGCCCGUUCAAGGCGGAGAUGGUGCAAAGGAUGGAAAGUUUGGCCAAGGGGGAGCGCAUUCUUCCUCCAUGCGAUCGGUGCCGCCGACUGCAUAUGGAUUGUUUGAAGAAUCUCACUGCCUGCAUGGGUUGCACAAAGAAACAUGCCAAAUGUUCGUGGAAGGAGGUGCGAGAACCUGAGUUGCGCGCCAGCUUCUCUCAUCACAUCAAUGUUGGCGGCAGCAGUGGGAUGCAUAGCGAAGGCGAAACCAGUGAGGGCGGCGAUAGGGCAAGCACCGGCUCUCCCAGCGCCAACAUCAUGAGUCCUCCGCGCCAGGGUAUGACCCCUAAGCCGAAUCUCGGCGCACCUCCACAGCAUGGACCGUUGGCACCUCUCCACGAGCCACGGCCGAUGUCUAGUCGGCCCUCUCCGCCCGUCGAUCGGGAACGCGAGCGCGAAAGGGGUGUGGAGGUUCAGUUACAGGAAGCUGCCAAAUCGGGACUUGCCCACGCCAAUGCCCGUCUUCCACCCCAGGGCGACCAUCAGACCAUGGUUGCUUAA